UUCCUCCUACGUUCCCACCUCCGUUCUCUACCUGUGUGAACUGGGCGUGUUUUACUCCCAAAGGAGCCUCAUUCUCGGGGUCAGUCCACUUCCCAAGAAAAUAUCCAGGAAUUGCUCACUGGCAGGAAACUUUAAUUUAAGUUUUUUUUUGCAGCUAGUGUAAUACUAUGCCAGUGAAUUCAUCAUACUCCGACACAUCUCAACAAGCUUUCCCUCAGCAGGCAUGCAAGCUCCAACUUUUUACUGCACCCUACAGCAGCGCAUAGUGCAGGAAGGGAGCAGCACAAAGAAAGCAGAGUAACAGGACCAUGGCUACACCUGCAAAAUAUGGAGAAACAUCGUGGCAGCUAUCUGUGCAGGUGGAUCAAAAGGAAGGUGACGAGUCCAUGAAAUUUAAGAUGAGGGUGAUGGGAGACUUGCACAUCGGUGGCCUCAUGCUUAAGCUGGUGGAGAAAAUCAAGGCUCCUCAGGAUUGGUCGGACCAUGCUUUGUGGUGGGAACAGAGGAAAUGCUGGCUGCUCAAGACCCACUGGACCUUGGACAAGUAUGGGAUCCAGGCCGAUGCUGAGCUGCGCUACACACCCCAGCAUAAACCCCUGCUACUGCAGCUUCCCAAUAUGAAAACCAUCCAAAUGACCGUCAGCUUCUCCAAUGUGGUCUUCAAGACGGUGACAGAUAUCUGCAGAAUACUCAACAUUAGAAGACCAGAAGAACUGUCACUGCUGAAGCCUCCGGAUGAUGCCUCCAAAAAGAAGAAGAAGAAAGAUAAGGACUCAGAGCAGGAGGAGAUUUGGGACAUAGAUUUACUCAGUGGGGGACCAAGUGGAACAGGCCCCAUGUAUAGUAAGACCAUGAAAGCAACCUAUGACCCUGAGAAUGGGAUGCCAAUGUCUGCCACCAGCGUUUGGUUUGGAGAAAAUCCUCUUGCAGAAUCUCAGACAAACUUGCCACCUGCCGAGCUGGCCAAGAUGUAUCAGCCGUUGUCACUGGUGGACAAAGCAGUCAACAAUGCAGGGUGGUUGGACUCAUCCCGUUCACUUAUGGAGCAAGACAUUCAAGACUAUGACAAGCUACUACUACGCUUCAAGUACAAUGUCUUCUUUGACAUCAAUCCUAAGUAUGAUGGCGUCAGGAUAACCCAGCUAUAUGAGCAGGCCCGCUGGUCUAUCCUGUUGGAAGAGAUAGACUGCACUGAAGAGGAAAUGCUGAUGUUUGCAUCUUUACAGUAUCGCAUUUGUAAACUGAACGUGUCCACUGAACCUCUGAACAACUCUAAUGAACCAGAAAUUGACGAAAUAGAGGCAGCCCUAUCCAACCUGGAGGUGACACUCGAGGCCGGACACACAGACAAAAUUCUGGAAGACAUUACAGAUGUCCCAGAGCUGGCAAAUUCCCUCCGACUGUUUAGGCCAAAAAGACUGACGCUGCGCCCAUACAAAGAGUACUGGUUUGUAUUUAAGGACACCACCAUCUCUUACUACAAGAACAAGGAGGCCUCCAGUGGAGAACCAAUAGAGCAGUUUCACCUCCGAGGCUGUGAGGUGGUCCCUGAUGUCAAUGUAACUGAAAAGAAGUUCGGCAUCAAGCUUCUGCUGCCAGUGGCUGAUGGAAUGAAUGAGGUGUACAUCCGAUGUGACAAUGAAACCCAGUAUGCUAAGUGGAAAGCUGCAUGUGUCCUCGCUUCCAAAGGCAAGACAAUGGCGUACAGCUCUUAUAAAACAGAAGUGAAGCACAUUCAAUCUUUUCUGCAAAUGAAGAACCUGGCGCCCCCUCCUGGUCAAUCAGCUCCUGACGUCGAAGCGAUGGAUAUGAACGCCGAGUGUUUUGUUUCGCCACGAUACGCAAAGAAACACAAGACCAAACAGCUGACCGCACGUAUCCUCGAGGCACACCAAAACAUAGCACAGCUGUCCCUGGUGGAGGCCAAGAUGCGCUUCAUCCAAGCAUGGCAAUCACUCCCAGAGUUUGGUAUCAAAUACUACAUUGUCAGAUUCAAAGGGAGUAAGAAGGAUGAAAUUCUUGGGAUUUCAUAUAACCGCAUGAUUCGUAUUGACAUGUCCACUGGGCUGCCUGUCACCACAUGGAGAUUCGCCAACAUGAAGCAGUGGAAUGUCAACUGGGAGAUAAGACAGGUGACCAUAGAAUUUGAUCAACAUGUGUCAAUAGCCUUCUCCUGUGUGAGCUGUGACUGCAAGGUAGUCCAUGAGUUCAUCGGUGGUUACAUCUUCCUCUCCACGCGAUCUAAAGACCAGAAUGAAACACUAGAUGAAGAACUGUUCCAUAAACUUACCGGAGGCCAAGAAUGAGCAAAGAUGUAUUAGUCUAUGCUUUUUUUUAAAGAGCAUUGAUCACUUAUUUACAUUUAUGUUACAGUGUGAAAAUAGAGCACUCAUCAGCUAGCUGCAGUGGUCCAUAAACACUGACCACAUCAGUGACAGAAGAAAUGUGAUACCAAAUCACAGUGAGAUAAAGUGAUAUAUUUUUACCCAGAGAAGAAUGCUAUGAUCAUUUUUCAUCAUAUAUCUUGUUUUAAUCAGUUACGCCAAUGUUCCCCGCACUAGGAAAAUAACGCUGUUGAUGUAAAUAUGUCAAGACUACGUCAAAGGUCUGGAUGAACUAAUGUUUUCAAGAAGUACACAUUUUUUUUCCAGCUGCACAAAUG